AGGCAGACUACACAUAGAAAAUGGCGGGAAAAAUAGCGACUUACGUGUAACGUACGCGAUUCCACCAUCUAUAAUCCCCGCCAUUUCUUCGAUGACCCGCUGUUCAUUUCAAAAGCUAUCUUCACUUGCACAGUCUGCGCGUUUUGGCACCAAUCGAUCCAUCGAUCUCCAUUUUCCUCCAAAACCCCAACUAAUUCAAAAUCCAAUAUCGUCUAGAAAUUUAGGGUUAGGGUUUUGCCUUAUUUGCCAAUAACGGACUAAUGGGAAACAAAGUUACUGACGAGCUGCUCUCCACUGUUCGGUCUAUUGUUGGCUGUGACUUCUCCGAUAUGGACAUCAUCAGAGCUCUCCAUCUUGCAAAGUAUGACCCUACUGCCGCUGUCAACAUCAUCUUCGACACCCCUAAUUUCAAUUCCAAAUUUAAACCCCAAAUUUCCAAAACCCCAAAUCCAAGCACAAAGUCUAAGCCUAAACAUGCCCCUGACAAGCCGAAAUUGGUAGAUAAGGAGAAUGGGAAUCGCAAUUUGGGCGACAACUUGGCUGUUUCUUGCAGCGGAAGUACUGAGGGUGAGGGUGAGGGUGAGGGUGAUGUUAAUGGUGAGAAUUUGACCCUCUCAGAUUCUGCUGGGAGUGAGUGGUGGUAUGUGGGUAGUGGUGAUGUGGCGGGGUUGUCAACGUGUAAAGGGAGGAAGGUGAAGGCUGGUGAUGAAGUUUUAUUCACAUUUCCAACUAAGAGUAAUAAUUCCAGUUCACCUUCUCCCGGGAAGGUUUUUGGGAAGGGAAGGCAAGCAGCUGCAUCCUGUUCGGAGAUAGUGAGAUUUUCCACUAGAGAUGGUGGAGAAGUUGGUCGAAUACCUAAUGAGUGGGCUCGAUCUCUGUUGCCGCUUGUGAGGGAUAAGAAGGUUAGAGUUGAGGGCUGUUGCAAAUCGGCUCCUGAUGUACUGGGGAUAAUGGAUACCAUUCUGUUGUCAAUAAGCGUAUACAUUGACAGUGCCAUGUUCCGCAAGCACCAGAAGACCUCACUUAAGGCUGCCAGCCAUUCUAAUGAGGAAACAAUUAUUCAUCCUCUUCCAAAUUUAUUCCGUUUGCUUGGAUUGACCCCUUUUAAGAAGGCAGAAUUUACACCUGCUGAUUUGUAUACAAAGAAGCGACCAUUGAACUCAAAGGAUGGGUCUGGUAUUCCUGUGUCACUGUUACAUGCCAACAAUUCUAAGAAUCAAUCAAAAAAUGGAAAUGAAGUUGAAAAUGAGGAGUCCAUUUCAGAUGCCGAUCUUGACAAUAUUGUUGGUGUUGGGAACUGCUCUGAGUUAGAGGAAAUGGAUCCUCCUACUACGCUUCAGUGUGAACUUCGACCCUACCAAAAGCAGGCUCUGUACUGGAUGAUUCAGCUGGAGAAGGGAAAAUGUGCAGAGGAGGGAGCUAUAACUCUUCAUCCAUGUUGGGAGGCUUAUCAUCUAGCAGACAAGAGGGAGCUUGUUGUCUACUUGAAUACAUUUUCAGGUGAUGCUACAGUAGAAUUUCCAAGCACACUUCAAAUGGCCAGGGGAGGAAUUCUGGCAGAUGCUAUGGGACUCGGGAAGACCAUCAUGACCAUAGCCCUUCUGCUUGCUCAAUCUGAAAGGGAUAGGUCAUCAAGUAGUCGAUCUGUGAGUCAUCUUCCCAAUGAAGAUGGUGACAUUGAUGAUAUUUUAGUAUCGCCAAAUCCUCUGAAAAAGUUUAAAAAAUUUUCUGGCUUUGAUAAGUUGAUGAAGCAGAAGAAAAUUCUUGCAGAUGGUGGCAAUCUGAUUAUAUGCCCUAUGACUCUUCUGGGCCAGUGGAAGGCAGAGAUAGAAACUCACGCACAACCUGGUUCUUUGUCUAUAUAUGUUCACUAUGGACAAAGUAGAACAAAGGACACGAAGCUUCUAGCUCAGAAUGACGUUGUAAUAACUACAUAUGGAGUAUUAGCUUCAGAGUUUUCGGCAGAGAAUGCUGAAGAGAAUGGGGGACUCUAUUCAGUUCAGUGGUUUAGAGUGAUUCUUGAUGAGGCGCACACGAUAAAAUCUUCAAGAAGUCAAAUUUCCAUUGCUGCUGCUGCUCUAGUUGCUGAGUGCCGCUGGUGUCUUACUGGCACUCCUAUCCAGAAUAACCUGGAGGACAUCUACAGUCUUCUUCGGUUUUUGAAGGUGGAACCUUGGGAAAGUUGGGCAUGGUGGAAUAAACUUGUCCAAAAACCAUUUGAGGAGGGUGAUGAGAGAGGGCUGAAGUUGAUUCAGUCCAUCUUAAAGCCAAUUAUGUUAAGGAGAACAAAGUCUAGCACAGAUCGAGAAGGCAGGCCAAUUCUAGUUCUCCCUCCUGCAGAUAUUCAGGUGAUAUAUUGUGAACUGACAGAAGCAGAAAGAGAUUUCUAUGAAGCUUUGUUUAAAAGAUCCAAGGUGAAGUUUGAUCAGUUUGUAGAGCAAGGACGAGUUCUUCAUAAUUAUGCUUCUAUCUUGGAGUUACUUUUACGCCUUCGCCAAUGUUGUGAUCAUCCAUUUCUUGUGAUGAGUCGAGGUGAUAGACAAGAAUAUUCUGACCUAAACAAGCUAGCAAAACGCUUCCUUAAAGGUGGCCAGGAUGCCCAAGAUGGAGAUGCCAGAGAUAUGCCUUCACGGGCAUAUGUUCAAGAGGUUGUGGAAGAGUUGCGCAAGGGGGAGCAAGGAGAGUGUCCAAUAUGUCUUGAAGCAUUUGAAGAUGCAGUAUUGACACCUUGUGCUCACCGCUUAUGUCGAGAGUGUCUGUUGGCAAGCUGGCGAAAUCCUUCUUCUGGUUUAUGCCCUGUUUGUAGGAAAACCAUCACUAGGCAAGAGCUGAUUACAGCUCCAACUGACAGUCGGUUCCAGAUUGAUAUUGAAAAAAAUUGGGUGGAAUCAUCCAAAGUUAAUGUUCUUUUGCAAGAACUUGAAAAUCUUCAUUCAUCAGGAUCUAAGAGUAUUCUCUUCAGCCAAUGGACUGCCUUUCUGGAUCUCUUACAAAUUCCUCUUUCUAGGAGUAGCAUUCCAUUUGUUCGUCUGGAUGGGACUCUAAACCAACAGCAGCGUGAAAGAGUUAUAAAACAGUUUUCAGAAGAUGACAACAUCCUGGCAUGUAUUACUGAUGUCAUUGAAGGCUGGAGGUGUUGGGAUAAAUCUGACAGCAGCUUCGAAUGCCUUUGUCAUGGACCCUUGGUGGAAUCCAGCUGUAGAGGAACAAGCUGUGAUGCGGAUUCAUCGCAUUGGACAAACAAAACAAGUGAGGAUCAAGCGGUUCAUUGUAAAGGGAACGGUUGAGGAAAGAAUGGAGGCAGUGCAAGCACGCAAGCAGCGGAUGAUUUCUGGUGCCUUGACUGAUCAAGAAGUUCGAAAUGCCCGAAUUGAAGAGCUGAAAAUGCUUUUUACGUAGACUUUUGUGGUGAAUAGAGGUCUUAUGCUGAUUCAGAAUGGGCAUUCUCCUGACCUUUAUGAGUUCAUGGAAUCAAGAUACAUAGAGAACAAAAUAAGGUUUUUUUUUGGGUGGCACCAGAUAUUUGGAGGAUAGCUCCAGGGUAUCUUUGUUUAAUGCACAAUUCUGGUCCUUUGAGACUGGAGUGGCAAGGCUGCCGGCAGAUUACAAAAUUGGCUAUCCGAUUGCCACAUCCUUGAUUAUUUAAUAAAACUGAGAUUUAUUCCAGACCAAAACGAAAUUUAGCUUCCGGCAUUGAAGAAUGAUGGAGCUAUUCGGGUGUGUUUAGUGGCCAAUCUUCUUUGGUCGCUUAACGGAGGAAGUGUUAAAUUAUCAUAUAUCCGUUAUGCUUUUGGAACUAUUUGUGUAUUUUGAACUGACUGAUUAUAUCCAAAUAUAGAGUUUAGGUUUGAAGUAUUGCAUUGUAAAACUACCAAUCUUUUGUCCAUCUUUUGUUUCCUUUUUGUCAUUUCUCCUUUAAAAAAUAGUAACUCAUUCAUUUUGGUUUUUGUA